UCCUGGGCAGAGUUCAGAGCGGCUGCCUGCUGACACCAUGGCGAAGUUUCUGACUCAGGAUCAGAUUAAUGAGUUUAAGGAGUGUUUCUCUCUCUACGACCGUCAGCGUAAAGGGAAGAUCGAGGCUCAGGAGCUGAUCACAGUGAUGAGAUGUCUGGGCUCAAACCCCACCCCCUCUGAGGUCCAGCGCCACCUGCUGAGCCACAGCAUCGAUGGGGGCGGCGAGCUCGACUUCUCCACCUUCCUGAGCGUCAUGCACCGGCAGCUCCAGCAGGAGUCGCCGGAGGAGGAGAUCCUGGAGGCGCUGACGAUGGCGGAUAAGGAGCAGAAAGGCUUCAUCAUGGCGUCAGAGCUGAGGGCCAAGCUGACCGGGCUGGGGGAGAAGCUGACGGACCGAGAGGUGGACGAGCUGCUGAAGGAGGCGGGAGUUGGAGCUGAUGGGCGGGUCUACUGUGAGCAGUUCGCUGAAGCGGUGACUCGCCGUUCUACAAAACGCUGACGACGCCAAAAAGCAUCUUCACUCUGCUGCUAAACAGUUU